ACGCCUCUGUGACAGCUGCGCAGCGCCGCCGCCAUUUUCUUCUCCUCAGCGGCUCCGGGUAGAAGCGUCGAACCGAGCUCCCGCGCCGAACCGAUCUCUCGAACCCGCUCCACUCUCCCCGAGUUUAGCUAGCGAUGCCGGCCGACCCGCUGCGUGUCGCGGUCGUGUGCUCCAGCAACCAGAACCGCAGCAUGGAAGCGCACAACAUCCUGAGCAAACGAGGGUUCGACGUGCGUUCCUUCGGCACGGGAACCCACGUGAAACUGCCAGGACCCGCUCCGGAUAAACCCAACAUUUACGACUUCAAAACCACUUACGAGCAGAUGUACAACGACCUGGUCCGUAAAGACAAGGAGCUAUACACUCAGAACGGGAUCCUGCACAUGCUGGACCGCAACAAGCGCAUCAAGACACGGCCCGAGCGCUUCCAGAGCUGCAGAGAGCAGUUUGACCUGGUCAUCACCUGUGAGGAGAGAGUGUAUGACCAGGUGCUGGAGGAUCUGAACUCUCGUGAUCAGGAGACGUUUCAGCCGGUUCACGUCAUCAAUGUAGAUAUUCAGGACAAUCACGAGGAGGCAACUCUCGCACGACACACACACACACACAGCGCUCUGAUCUGUGAGCUCUGUCAGUGUAUCCAGCACACGGACGACAUGGAGAACGAGAUCGACGAGCUCCUGCAGGAGUUUGAGGAGAAGAGCCAGCGGCCGUUCCUGCACACCGUCUGCUUCUACUGACGCUCGGUCCUGCGCUGAGCCCCGCUGGUGAACAGAACCGACGGAACGUCCCGAGAGAACCCGAGAGAACCCGCGGCACACUCCAGCCGGACCAUCUCGUUCUUUCACUCUGACGGACAGGACGCGUCACCCUUUGGUUUUCUCUUGCAUUUAUUUCAGCGUUAUUUAAAGACGGGACUUGAUACCUGUAGAUGUUUUUGUUUUUUUUUGAUUUUGUAAAUGAAAAGAUGACUCUAUAAUUGUACCUGAAGCAGCCCAGAGUGCCUGAAGUGAUUCUUGUAAAUAUCGCGCUAUAAAUGAAUGAAUGAAUGAAUAAAGCGUGGAGGAAUCA